AUCAUCAAGAGUAGAUGGGUGCCUUUUGCGAAUAAGAAGCUUCUUAUAUAUAAUAAUUGUAACUGAAGUGCUACAUAUAUGUAUACUUUGAUUAUCGACAAGCGAAGGUGUGCGCAAUAAGCGUCUUUAUCCAGUUGUCAUGUCAUGUUGCUUAUCAGAAGAUCAGAAGGAAAGCAGGCGAAUAAACAAGGAGAUUGAGAAAAUUAUCAAAGAAGACAGAAAGAAAAUGGACUAUGUUAUGAAACUCCUAUUGCUGGGUACGGGUGAAUCAGGAAAAACAACAUUUCUCAAACAAAUGCGCAUUAUAAAUAAAGAUAAGUUUUCGGACAAAGAGAUGCGUUUCUUCACUAAGAUGGUAUACCAAAACAUAUUCAUGGCUAUGCAGUCAAUGAUCAAGGCUAUAAAAGAACUCAAAAUAUCCUAUAUUGAUGAUGAAAAUAUUGAUCGCGCUAAGCUCGUUUCGUCAGUUCCUUUAAAAACAAUCGAGACCUUGGAAGAUCCCUAUUUGAGUGCCAUUAAAUGUCUUUGGAAUGAUAUUGGGAUACAGGAGUGUUACAGUCGUCGAGACGAAUAUUAUUUAAUGGAUUCUGCAGAAUACUUUCUCAAUGAAAUAGAACGAAUUGAAAAGGCGGAUUAUAUACCGAGUGAACAGGAUAUUUUGCGAGUACGUUCUCCGACAACUGGAAUUAUUCAAUACGAUAUUAAAAUGCAACAAUUUGUAAUCCGUAUGGUUGACGUAGGUGGACAGCCUUCGGAACGAAGGAAAUGGAUACAUUGCUUCGAGAAUGUAAACCUUAUAAUAUUUUUCGUCGCAAUUUCCGGGUACUAUCAACCUUUGUUUGAAUCCGAAAAUGUUAAUAGAAUGGAGGAAUCGAAAGCUUUAUUUAAAACCAUGUUUAAUUCCCACUGGUUCAAAAAAACAGCGUAUGUUCUAUUUCUUAACAAGAUAGAUCAAUUUGAGGAGAAAAUCAAGAAAUAUCAUUUGGUGGACUAUUAUCCUUUCUAUGGGGAUGGACCGAAGGGCGUUUCAGAGGCAGCCCGUGACUUCAUUCGGAACAUGUUUCUUAGUUUGAUCGAAGACAAAGAGAGGGCCUUCUAUUGUCAUUACACAAACGCUACGGAUACUCAUAACAUAACACUCGUCUUCGCCGCUGUAAAAGAUACGAUAAUGAGCAAUUUAUUAGAAUCCUUAAACAUAUAUUAAAAUAAAUAAUUUCGUUAGGAAAUAAUUCCAUUAGUAAUCUAUGUACUUGUAAAAUCCAUAGUUCAAAUAAAUAAC